AUGGCAUCAACAGAGGAAGUGCCCAAGACGGAAGAAGCCGCUGCCCCAGCUGCUGCCAGUGACGACGAAACUGGCAAAUCCAAGCGAGUUUAUGUUGGAAACUUGGCCUGGGGUGUCGAUUGGAGAGACCUUAAGGAUCUCUUCAAGACCGUGGGACACGAUGUUACACGAGCUGACGUCAUGCAAACUCGAGAUGGACGAUCCAAGGGAUGCGGAAUUGUGGAGUUUGCCACUGUGGAAGGUGCCAAACAAGCUGUGCUCACUCUGAACGAUACUGAACUGAAGGGACGUCAGAUUUUUGUCCGAGAGGAUCGUGAAGAGCAGAAUGCUGGUGCUACUCGUGCAGCUCCUGCCAAUAGUGCUGGAACCAAGUUCUCUUCGGAUGAGAAAGCACAGGGUCGAAGAGUGUAUGUUGGUAAUCUUAGUUGGGAAGUUCAAUGGCAAGAUCUCAAGGAUCACAUGAUGCCAGCUGGCAAUGUGGUUCAUGCUGAAGUUAUUUGCGAGCACAAUGGAAGAUCCAAGGGAUGUGGUGUUGUCGAGUACGCCACUACUGAAGAUGCUCAAAAGGCCAUUGAAACUUUGACUCAAACUGAAUUGAAGGGACGCAUGAUUUUUGUUCGUGAAGAUCGUGAAGGAUCCUCUGCUGGUGAAGGUGCUACUGGAGGCAACAAGAACGCUGCCCCAGGCGGUAACGCUGCUGUUUACGUAUGGAACUUGAGCUAUGAGACGGACUGGCAAGGACUGAAGGAUCACAUGCGAAAGGCUGGUAACGUUGAUAACGCCACCGUUUUGACCAACCAUGAAGGCAGAUCCAAUGGAUGUGGUGUGGUUGUCUACCAAAAAGCGCAAGAGGCCGCCAGAGCCAUUCGCGAAUUGCAAGAUUCCGAUUUGGAUGGACGUGCCAUUCGUCUCCGAGAAGAUCGUGGUCAAGGAGGUGGUGGUAGUGGCGGCGGCGGCCGCGGAGGACGUGGUCGUGGCCGCGGGGGUGGCCGUGGCCGCGGAGGACGUGGUGGUGGUCGAGGCUCGGGAGAGCCAUCAGAAGGAAAACAAAUCUACAUUUCCAAUAUUUCUUCCACUACUGAUUGGCGCAAGGUCAAGGAUCAUUUCAAGACAGUUGGUGAUGUCGAUAGAGCAGACUCGCGCCCUGGCAAGUUUGCAACUGUUCGAUUCUUCAACAAGGAAGAUGCCGAAAAGGCUGUCGAAACUAUGAAUGGAUCCGAAUUGGAUGGUUCCAAGUUGGAAAUUCGUUUGGAUCAAAAAGCCUAA